AUAAGCUCAACCCCAGAGCUCACUCAGGAGGCAGCCACUGGAGAUGCCAGACACCUCUGGCCCAGCUCCUGCUGGGGAGACUCCAGUAAUGGACCUGGAGACUGGCCUGCUGACACUCAACGCAGACCAGCGUGUGGGAGAGGUGCUGAGCCUACCCCUUGCCAGCUACCUUGAGGAUCCAAUGGUGAUCGAGCCCCCGUCCUGAGGACACCACCUUGACUCAGGGAGGAAUGUUCCCCCUGGUCCUCACAUAUACAUGGCUGCACACUCGAUUGAAACAUAGUUAAAGAGGAUACUAAAGCUUGGAACGCUGUUUGUGGGUUCUAGGAGGAUGGAGGAAAAGAACUACGCUUGUGUAUCCAGUCAAUCAUGGUGUCCCUCAAGCAAAGCUGUCUAGAACACUUUCCCAAGGAAAGAAGAUAAAGCAAAGUUCAAAAGAGACCUGCCUCGGGAGGGGAACCCUGCCCAUGAGUACUCUCCGCUUGCAAGUGUUAAAAAAAAAAUAAAGCUGCCUCUGGCAUGUUGCAACCAACCUCAAAAAUGAAGAGAUAUAAGUGUCCCUUCAAGUAUCCCAUGAGACAAAAGAUCCUGAUCUUGUUUUUAGCAGUGUGGCUGUUUGCACUUCUGAAACUCCUCAAUGUUGAAAGACUCUUAUUCCCUCAAAAAGGUAUUUAUUUAGUUGAGCACUUCUUAAGCACGUCUUCUUAUGUUAAAAACAAAUACUCCCAUCUUAGAAACAACUUCCAGUAUGAAAUUAACUGUUCGUGUAUAUAUGAACAAGAACCCAGUGAAAUUGGCAAGAGUUUAGAGAUAAGAAGAAAAGACAUAAUUGAUUUAGAAGAUGAAGACGUUAUAGCUAUGACCCGCGAUUGUCAGGUGUAUCGUACACUUAGAGGAUACCACCUAAAGCCUGUUUCCUUGGAGGAGGAAAGUUUCCCAUUAGCCUACUCUUUGGUUGUUCACAAAGAUGCAAUAAUGGUUGAAAGACUCAUACACACAAUAUACAGCCAUCAAAAUAUUUACUGCAUCCAUUAUGACCAAAAGUCUGCUAAUACUUUCAAAUGUGCUAUGGACAAUUUAGCUAAGUGCUUCCCCAAUGUUUUCAUUGCAUCUAAAUUGGAGACUGUGGAAUAUGCACACAUUUCUAGGCUCCAAGCAGAUUUUAAUUGUUUGUCCGACUUGAUGAGGUCGUCGGUUCCAUGGAAGUAUGUUAUUAAUUUGUGUGGUCAAGACUUUCCUUUGAGGUCAAACUUUGAAUUGGUAUCUGAUUUGAAGAAACUCAAUGGAGGAAACAUGCUGGAGACUGUAAAGCCAAGUAGCAGCAAAAGGGAACGAUUCACAUAUCAUUAUGAACUUAAGAGCGUGCCUUAUAAAUACAUGCAGAUGCCUGUAAAAACCAACAUUUCGAAAGAUCCACCACCUCAUAACAUUGAGGUUUUUGUAGGCAGUGCCUAUUUUGUUUUAAGUCGGGCAUUCAUCCAAUAUACCUUUGAAAAAUCUCUUGCUAAAGAUUUUUUUGAAUGGUCCAAGGACACUUAUUCUCCAGAUGAACAUUUCUGGGCAACCCUUGCACGUGUGCCUGGAAUACCUGGGGAGAUUUCAAGGUCAGCUCACGAUGUAACAGACCUGCAAAGCAAGACUCGCCUGGUGAAAUGGAAUUACCUGGAGGACCACUUGUAUCCUCCUUGUACUGGCACCCAUAUUCGCAGUGUGUGCAUCUAUGGAGCUGCAGAAUUAAGGUGGCUUAUAAAUUAUGGACACUGGUUUGCCAAUAAAUUUGACUCCAAAGUGGACCCUGUUUUAAUAAAAUGCUUGGCAGAAAAACUUGCCAAACAACAGAAGGAAUGGGUUGAUUUGUCUUCCGAAAGCUCCUUCAUGCACAGAAGUUCUGCAGAUGUUUCACUAUAGCAGUACACUACACUCAGUAGUCAGUGUUAUCCAGAGUCUGACGCUCCAUUGCCUUGGGGUGUAAAAUGCUACCAAAUCAGAAUGCUCCUUCUGCACAAGUGUAAAUGACUACACAAGGUGCAAUGGAGAGUCAGCCCCCAGAUGUGAUGUUAUAUGUCAUGCCCUUUAAGGAUCAUUGUAUAAUUCACCAAAACAACACUGUGUCCUUAAUAUCUUUCAAGGUGAUUCUUAUAAAAAUCAGCUCCACUUUUGAAUGUUUUUUUGGGGGGCUGUGGCACUAUUUGUGGUAAUGGAAUGCUUCAAAUUGAGCCUGCCUGCGCAAUAGCUAGGAUAAGUCCUCAUGUCUGUCCUCCUUAUUCCCCUCUUCUUCUUUAAAAGAUUUGAAACAUAGGAAGGAAGAUGUCCAGGUAUGCUACCUCAGGAAAGCUGGAAG